GGAUUACCAACUCCACAGACGAAAUUAUUCACAUACUUACCAUUCGUACGGUUAUUUUGGGGGUUGAGCGGUGGCUGGCAGUGCUAAGGUACAGUCGCUGAAGGUGAUUACCUCCUAUAGGGACAGUGCCUGGUUUUGACCAGCUGCUCAAAGGAAUUCUUCUCUUUUGAUGACUCGCCUCUCUCUGCAAGUGAAGACUUUAAAUAAUUAGUUACCCGCCCGAGUGCGGGUUUUUCUUCUUUCUUUUCUAAUUUCCUCAAAAUAACCGAUAUGGUGGUAAGUGAGGAAAUUGCACCUACUUUUACCAUCAAGCCUCAACUGAGGCAAGAAGACGAUGGGAACAAGCUAUGUUUCGAAUGUCAGAUGACAUCGAAUCCCAGACCGGAGAUCACAUGGUACCGUGGAGACGAACAAUUAUAUGACGAUCAUCGAACCGUCAUCAGGAUCAAAGAAAUUGGCGUUAACAAGUAUAAGAUUACUUUGGAACUUGAUGACGUAUUUGAGACUGAUGCAGGAUUGUAUAAAGUGCUGGCAAAAAAUAAACAAGGCGAAGUAGCCGCUUCUAUCAAUCUUAACUUCAGUCCUGCCGACGAGCCUCAUGACGUUCAAAUCGACGGUGUUGCACCGACAUUCGCUAAAAAACCUUCUAUUAGACAAGAAGACGAAGGAAAACGUUUAUUAUUCGAAUGCCGAAUUUUAGCCGAACCUAAACCCUCAAUUUCAUGGUACCAUGAUGGUACUUUGGUUGAAACGAAAGGAAGAUUUAAGAAUAUUGUACAAAAAGAUGGAAAUGCAUUUCAUUCUAUUUUGCAAAUAGAAGAUGUAACAAUUGAAGAUGCUGGAAAGUAUCAAGUGACAGCAAAAAAUGAAUUAGGAGAAAGCAAUGCAACUAUAAGUCUUAAUUUUGAUUCCGAUGAAACCUCUGUUCCUUCUGAAGGAGCCAAACCAACUUUUACUGAAAAACCUAUCAUCCGACAAGCAGAUGAUGGCAAUAAAAUUAUAUUUGAAUGCAGGCUUAUUGCUGACCCAAAACCUACAUUGCAAUGGUUACAAGCUGGAAAAGCUGUUAAAGAUGGUGGAAGAUAUAAAUAUGUUUUAACUUCUGAUAAACAUAAUCAUACAGCAGCACUAGAAAUAUCAAAAGUAACUUCAACAGAUGGUGGAGAAUAUAAAGUAGUUGCUACAAAUAAACAUGGAGAAGGGCAAGCUACGAUAACUUUGAACUUUGAAGGUAUGUUGUUUAAUAGGCUUCCAGGAAAAGCACCUAGAUUUCCUAAAAAACCUACAAUUAAGCAACAAGGCGAUUCACUAGUGUUAGAAUGUAUUUUAGAAGCUAAACCAUAUCCUGAAAUUACGUGGUAUCAUGGAAGCAAACAAAUAAAAGAUGGCAAACGCCAUAAAGGAAUAAAGAAAGAAAUUGGAACAGAUUUAUAUCAGCUAUCUUUAGAAAUUAGGGACCCAACAACUGAAGAUGGUGGUAAUUACAGAUGUAAUGCAGUUAAUGAUUUAGGAGAAAGCAAUGCUAAUAUAACACUUAAUUUGCAAGGUGGCGAGCCAGAAAAAGAAGAAGGAUUAGCACCAACAUUUAUUGAUAAAGCAAAAAUCAUUCCAAAGGAUGGUGGGAAGUUAAUUGUAAUGGAAUGCCGAGUUAAGGCAGAUCCAGCCCCUCAGGUCACGUGGUAUCAAGCUACAAAAAUUGUUAAAGAGACCAAUCGGGUCCAAAGUCAUGUUACUAAAAGUAAAACUGAAGAGUAUACAAUACAGUUAGAAAUCAAAGAUCCAUCUAAAGAUGAUGGUGGAGCAUAUAAAUGUAUAAUCAAAAACACUUUAGGUGAAAUUACAGCAAAUCUGAAUCUUAAUAUAGAAGGUGAAAAAGCUCCUGAAGGAGAGGCACCUACAUUUGUUGAAAAACCAAAAAUCAUUCCAGAAGAUGAUGGCAGAAGGAUUAUUAUGGAAUGCAAAGUUCGUGCAAAACCAAAACCUGAUAUUACUUGGUAUCGAGAAGGUGUUGUUAUAAAAGAAUCAAAGCGUUUUGUACAAACUGUUAAAGAACAGAAAGAUGUUUAUACAAUUCGUUUAGAAUUAAGGGAUACAGAAGUAACUGAUGCAGGAUUAUAUAAAUGCAAUGCCAAGAAUUCUGCAGGAGAAAGCAAUGCAAACUUAACCUUAAAUAUUGAAUUGGCUCCAGUUAUUAAAGAAAAACCAAAGAUUAUUACAAGAGAAAUUCAUAAGAAAAUUGUUAUUGAAUGUUAUGUUCAGUCUGGAGCAGCUCCAAAAUGUGUGUGGCAACGUGACACUACUAUUAUUAAAGAAGAUUCUCGUCAUAUUGUUAAUGUUCGACAAGUUUCAAUUGGACAAUUUGCAAUCAGUUUAGAAAUUGAGAAACCAGUUGGAGCAGAUAAAGGAAAUUAUAAAUUAACAGCAAAGAAUGAAAAAGGAGAGGUUACUUCUCAAUCUAUCCAAGUUGAUGUUGAAGAUGAACCAGAAAAAAAGAAAGAACCAGAAAAAAAACCAAAAGGAGAAAAACCAAAAGUUGUACAAGGUUUGAAAUCUAUAAGUGUGGAAUCAGGAAAAUCAGCUGAAUUUUUCUGUAAAAUUGAUUCAAAGGUCAAAGCUACAGUGACUUGGUAUAGAAAUAAGAAAGUAAUUAAAGAAACAAAAGAUUACAAAAUAUCAUUUGAUGGAUCAUCAGCAACUUUAACUAUUGUUACUACUACUGUAGAAUUUUCAGGAACUUAUACUUGUGAAAUUGUCAAUGAGUUUGGAAAAGAAGAAUCUUCUGCAGAAUUAACUGUUACAGAGCCACCAAAAAAGAAACCAGAGGAAAAGAAAGAAAAGAAACCAGAAGAAAAGAAAGAAAAGAAACCAGAAGAAAAGAAAGAAAAGAAACCAGAAAAGAAAAAAGAAGAACCUAAGAAACCAGAUGAAAAGAAGCCUUCAUUGAAAGAUGCUGUUCCUCAAAUAUCAGUUGAAGAACCAAAGGGUGAAGAUAAAAGAAAACCUUCUGUUGUCCCCUUCAUUAAGGAACCAACUCCAGAACCAGGAAGGAAAGGCUCUGCUGCAUUGGAUGUAAGUCCAAGUCCUGCUGGUUCACGCCGACCAUCCAUCAUUAUAGCAGAUGAGAAAGGAAUUGCAGUUGAUGAAACAGGAGCAACAAAGAAAUUAAGACCAGGUGAAGUUCUUGAAGUUAAACAAAAAAGACGGCCAAGUAUUGACGUGCGUAGAGCGAGUGUUGGAGAAUUACAGGAGUUGGCAGAUAAACCAUCAACUCCAUUAAAGGCUAUACCAGAAAAUCAAGAAAGUGCUCCACAGAUUAUUGAUUACCAGCAGAAUGUUAGUGCCAUUGAAGGAAAUACUGCAUAUAUAUCAUUUCAAGUGGAAGGAAAUCCAGCACCAAAAUUUAAAUAUUAUAAAGGAAUUGCUGAAUUUUUUGAAGGGGGACGCUAUACAGUUGUUACAGAUGGUGAAACAAAUACUGUGUGUUUAUGCAUAAGGAAAGCUAAGUCUGCAGAUGAAGGAAAAUAUAAAAUUGUUGCUUAUAAUAGUGUUGGUGAAGAUAGUAUUGAAGUUUCACUUUUUGUUAGUGAUGAAAGUGGUAUGGAUUUCCGUGCAAUGCUUAAGAGAAGACAAUAUGCUAAAUGGAAAGAUCCGAAGGAUGAACCAGAUUUUAAUUUGAAAGCUGUAGAAAAAGACAGAAGACCAUCCUUGAAAGAAACAAAAAAUGAAGAACGCCGCAGUUCCCGUGACAGUCGGAGACUGUCAUUGGCUGAAAUAAUUCCUGACUGGCCAACACUGCAGAAAGUGACCAGGGAAAAUGAGGUUGGAGGAUAUGGAAAGAUUGCAAUCUUCUUAUCCUCAUUACUUUCCUGUUCUCUUUCCUUGUUCUAUUAUUUUUCUGGUUUCUUUCACAAAUUCUGCUGCUUUAAUUAGCAUUAAUGCAAUUUC